AUGGAGCGCAUCUCUUCGGUGCUGCCCGCUGUAGCUGCGGCAGCUGGUCGUGCCAAGGAGGCCCUCGUGGAUCCGGUACUGCGACUGCGGAAUAGACAAAUAGGGGAUGCACCGGAUUUUGAUAGACAGUUAGCGGACUACGCGCUAGAGUCAGCUGGGGCACGAAUCUUGGACACGGGAGAUACUGUGGAACAUAUGAAUUACGAAUCUCCAGUCGGUUGGGCAUUGCACGUAUUAACUGCUUGGAUGUGCCGUGAAUGUCUGGGCGCCAGAGCUAUGAUCAGGCCAGGUGUCCUGCCAGGAGAGUGCUGGGCCUUCAAGGGCUCCAGGGGAGAGGCCACGAUACGUCUGCUGGGCACAGUACGGAUCACCGGCAUUAGCAUCGAACAUAUACCACCGCACAUUGCGCCGACGAGAGAAAUAUCAUCAGCUCCACGCCUCAUUCAAGUCGAAGGCUUAGAGAAGCGCUUUGACCCGUACCCUCAUGACUACGGUAGUUUUGAGUAUGACAAGGACGGCAAGCCUAUCCAGUACUUUGAGGUGAAGUUUCCAUCUCCUAAGGGUCACCACCUUGUGAAAAUAAGGAUCCUUACAAACUGGGGCAACCCUGUGCACACCUGCGUGUAUCGUGUUAGGGUCCACGGAGAUCUUGUCAAUGGUCCUCGGACGCCUAUUGCUGAUGAUGGAGACAUGAGGAUAGAAAAUGAGUAA